AUGUCUAGCGUGGCCAAGAGAACCAGAUCCAAAACGAAGCAGCUUGAACUGGAAUUAUACCGUCGAUGGAAGAGCGCCCAAGCCGAAUCCUCGGAGUCCGACGGCUGCGCAAGAAGGAGAGGGCCUUCCUCUCCAGGUAUUCACGAAGAGGAGAAUGGAGUUGAGGUCAUCCAUGCAAUGGGAAACACAGAGGAAAAUAUCAACUUGGAAUCCGAGUCAAAACUAACAUACCAUAAAGAAACUGGCAAUCAAUCUGACAAUGAAGAGAAGGAACAUGAAGCAAAUUUCAACCUUAAUACGGAGUGUGAGCCAGAGCAGGGAAUUGAAGAAAAUGAAGACAUUAUCAACAUUCACAAUUUGGAAAAUGAUGCAAUCGAAGCAGAGGGCACAAAGGAAAAUGAUCCAAAGCAGGAAUGUGUUUUGACACAGAAGUCUAAGUCAAAGCUUGGAUUUGAAGAAGGUAGAGAUGUUGAUCAUCUCGACCAAUUUAAGGAACCCAUAACUAUCAUUUCAGAUGAGGAGGAAGAGAUGCCAUUGGGUCCUGGAAGUAGGAAAAGGGAACUGGAGGUUCAUGAUGAAGUUGAACAUGGCAGUUCUUACUGGACGCGUUCAAAAGCAGGAUCUAGAAGGAAGCCUCCAGAGACAGCUAAAACUGUCUCCAGUAGUGACUCGGAUCUAUCGAUGACUUCUGGUGAAACAACUGAUGAUGAUUCAAGUGAUGAGGAUUUUGAUGUUUUGUCUGUUAGGAAGAGGGAACCAAUGUCUAAGAUGAAGGAGGUUGAUGAACAAGAACAGGAUGGUGACAGUAGUAAGGGAGAUGAUGAAAAAAAUGAUGAAUCUGUGAGCAGAAAAGAAUUCCCUGGGAAGAAUAGUCAAAAGGUAAGGCUCAGUUCUUCAAUUGGGCAACAGGUGGAGGCGCAACACGGAUUCAAAGAAGGUUGUGGUAUCUUUGGGAGUCUCCUUUAUUCUAUUUUGGAUGAAAAUAAUAUUGUACUUGAAGAGCAGGCAUCUAAUCAAGCUAAGAAUUUGCCUUCGAGGGAGCAUGCACUUCCUCUGAAGUUCACAUUUGAGUUAGAGAAACCCGAGCUGGUGGAGAAAUCAGAUAUUGAUAAAAUUACAGAUGAUUUGUUUGCUGAGAUGCAAUUUGCUAUCAGGUCCGAGGAAAUGGGUUCCUCUCCUCGCACGGUUGACAGUGCUGGCCCAGAAGCUGAAAGAAACCAAACCACUCCUUUCUGUCAUGGGAAGCAUAAUUUUAUCCUUGACGAGGAGAUUGGGAUAAAGUGCAGUUAUUGUUCUUUUGUGGAGCUUGAGAUCAAAUAUGUAACACCAUCGUUUGUAAGUUAUUUAAAUUUUGUUAGUUUUGCUACUAUCUUUAUAAAUGACAAGCACUUUCAUUGGAUUAGCUACACCAUCUUAUAUUGUUCAAAGGCUUGUCUACAGGAUCCUUGCAAUCAUGCAGAAGGAACAGUUUGGGAUGUCUUACCUGGAAAAAAAGAGAGCAUGUAUCCUCACCAAAUAGAAGGUUAUGAGUUCUUAUGGAGGAAUUUAGCAGGAACCACUCGUCUCAGUGAAUUGGGAAAGGCCGAUGCAAGUAAAGUAGGGGGCUGCAUGAUUUCACAUGCCCCUGGAACCGGGAAAACCCGGUUAACCAUAGUUUUCAUUGAGACAUUUCUGACUUUAUUUCCAAACUGUCUCCCAGUCGUUGUUGCUCCUGCUGGCAUGUUGUUCACUUGGGAAGAGGAGUUCAGGAAAUGGAAGGUACAAUUUCCUUUCCAUAACCUGAACAAUCCAGAAGUCUCGGGCCAGGAAAAUGAGACCUCCACUGGAUUACUGUCCAAAAGCGUGUUUCAGAGCAAAAAUGCGCUGCGCAUGGUAAAGUUACAUUCUUGGAGCAAAGGAAAAAGCGUGCUUGGAAUUAGUUAUACUUUGUACGAGAAGCUGGCUGGUACAAAAUCUGUGCAAGUUGAAGGUAAAAAUAAGAGAAAGAAGCUUACUCGUGGGAAGGAAGAUGAAUUGCUAAGAAAGAUUUUGCUGGAGUUGCCCGGCUUGGUAAUUCUUGAUGAAGGACACACUCCACGCAAUCAACGGAGUGGGAUUUGGAAAACUCUCUUACAACUUCAAACAAAAAGGCGGAUCAUCCUUUCAGGCACCCCUUUCCAAAACAAUUUUGAGGAGCUCUUCAAUACACUACAUCUAGUAAGACCAGCAGUUGCAGACAUGAUUUCAUCAGGAGGUAGGAGAUAUUACAGAAAGCAACUGAGAGGGAAAAGGGCUUUUGUGUAUGGUUCAAGUGGGAAAGAAGUUGAUAGCAUUGAGAAGCUUAAAGCUACAAUAUCUCCAUUUGUUCAUGUUCACAAAGGUAGCAUUCUUCAGCAAAGUCUUCCUGGGUUGAGAGAGUGUGCAGUUCUUUUACAUCCAUCCCAACUACAGAUGGAAAUUAUUAAAACUUUACAACCUUCUGCCAACACUUUCAAGUUUGAGCACAAGGUGGCAUUGGUUUCCGUGCACCCAUCUUUGCUCUUACAGUGUAAAGAAACAUCUGUCAGUGAUCCGAAUGUGCUAGAGCAGCAUAGGCUUGAUUCUUAUCAAGGUGUGAAGACAAGGUUCAUUAUGGAACUAAUUCGCCUCUGUGUGGCUACAAAAGAAAAGGUCCUUAUAUUUAGUCAGUAUAUUAACCCUUUGGAGUUAAUCAAGGACCAGCUGAAAUCAAUUUUCAAUUGGCACGAGGGAAGGGAAGUUCUCCAAAUGCAUGGCACACUAGAACAGAGAUGCCGGCAAAAGUUUAUAGGAAUUUUCAAUGACUCCAGGAGUGAAGCUAAAGUAAUGUUGGCAUCAAUAAAAUGCUGUUCAGAAGGAAUAAGCUUAAUUGGAGCUUCAAGAGUUGUUUUGAUAGACGUUGUUUGGAAUCCAUCCGUGGAGAGGCAAGCCAUAAGCAGGGCUUAUAGAUUUGGUCAAGAGAAGGUCGUUUAUACAUAUAAUCUUAUGGUAUCUGGGACAACAGAGGGGGAGAAAUACUGUAGACAAGCUGAGAAGAACCGUUUAUCUGAGUUGGUUUUCUCCUCUGGUGGCAAGGAAAGAGAAGAAAAGAAUCAUGCUACAACCUUCAGCGAUGUCAUCUUGGAGGAGAUGGUUGCGCAUGGAAAGCUCAAAGAUAUGUUUGACAGGAUCAUUUACCAGCCAAAAGAGACGAAUUUAGUCGAAAAAAUCUCUAUCCCUCGCCCCAUACCAGGAUCCUCUUAGCAAAUAACAGAUGCCAUAGCAAGAAGACUGCCAAAUUUUACAAUACCCAGAAAGAAUGAGACCACCGGAAAUACCAUUUUCUUGAAGCUUGUUCCCCUUUGCCAGAAGCCUUUGCGCCAAAACAGUGAUG